UAAUCAAACCUCAGGCGCAUGAUCAGGUUAAGGGGUUGAUGAUUGCAGCUGUAAUGACAGGAACAGUGAUGUGUAAAAAAGAUACAUUUGUAAGCAAAUGAGGGAUAAUGUUGGCGGUGGGAAAAUGAAGGCAUAAAGCGGCCUCGUGGAGUUGGCCAAUGAAGAAGGUUCAAACGAAAGGGAUUGAAGGAUAUGAUUUAGUGUAAUGGUGACAUGUUAGGUUAGUGAUUGGAUUUCGAAUUGAGGAAAGCAGGGUGGGUCCCUGUCACAGUCAAGCUGAUAAUUGGAACGGGUCAAGUCAAAAGAGUCGAGCGGCCUAAUGAAUCGCUGAGCUCUUUGGAGGGCUUUCACUUGUCAAAACGGUGGUAAAGCAGUGGUCUGGGUAUAUCUCUCUCACCUGCAUGUGCUUGCUUUCGAAGAUGGGUGUUCAUGGGAAACAUGUAACUGAAAAGUCCAACGUCGGUGACAACAGAAUCACAAAUGGCAGGGGCAGUACAGCCAUCCAUCUGCAGCUUGCACUGUUGAGAAAAAUCAAAAUUGUUGCAACCCAAUCCACAAUCAGAUUGGGUAGUGAAACCAUGAUGAUUACGGGUGUACUAUUACCCGACCCGACACAAAGCAAAAAACUGGAAGAAAAAAAUAUUCCAUGUGGGGAUCCUGCACACAUGCAGCAUCAUCAGUUAGCAGCAUUUCGAGCAGAAAAGGAAAUGCCCCUCCGCUGACAUUGCCUCUAUUUAAUACCACAAAACUUUGCUAAUCCCAAUUCCCAUAAAUGCUCGAGUGGCAUAAGUAAACGAAGGCGAUUAGCUUUCAGAAUCAAGUUUGACUAAUUCAAAAUGAGUUGUUCGUUACCUCAAAAGGUGGCUAUGAAAAUUGCUGGCUGUGGUGCAUCUCUUGUGUGGGGAACCCAAGUUCUAUGCUAUUAAUUCUGCAAAUGGAACCUGUCGGGAUUUUAAGGCGGUCCAUUCUAAAUUCAACUAUUGUGUACUCUCUAAGCACAAAAGAGAGUGAAAAAAACGAAGGACCCGUGAUUUAACUCCUUUUUCGCUUUAAAUAUGCUUCACCUUAAGCAGCAAAUAAAGAAGGGGAAAAAAAAAAUAUAUGCAAAGAACUAGGAAGUCCAGGCCAUUUAGGCUUUAGCAAAUAUCAGCAAAUUGGGACCAUUGUAAACAUUAAUUGGUGUAAUAUAAUUCGUACACCGCGUCAUUACUAUGCUCUCAAUCAGGUCACUACAAUAU